AUGGGUUUAGAAAUGAAAAUUUUGAUGAUGGUGGCCAUGGCAAUGUGCCUUAGCUCCGCCGCAUAUGCAGCUAAAGGGACUGCCACUUACUAUACUCCUCCUUACAAUCCCUCCUCAUGCAAUGGGUAACAAAAUGAUGGAGUGAUGAUCGCGGCUGCAGGCUAUGCUAUUUGGAACAACAAAGCAGCAUGUAACAAAAGUUAUAGAGUCAAAUGCAUCGGUGCCACAAACAAAGGCGUGCCACAACCUUGCACUGGUGCCAGCGUUGUCGUUAAAAUUGUUGAUUUAUGUCCACAAGGAUGCCGAGCCACCUUUGAUCUCUCCCAGGAAGCUUUCGCUAAGAUCGCCAAGCCUGAUGCCGGCAAUGUUAAAGUUGAAUUUAACCGGUAA